GCAGCCGUUUUUAUAGAAGAUUCUGACAAUUUGGGAAGUUUUAGCGCCCAAUGCGGGGGAACUUUGAUCAGCUCUGACUCUAUAAUCACAGCAUCUCAUUGUGUAGUAGAGGGCGGCCGAGCCUUAGCCCCCAAUCGGAUUAAAAUACGUUUAGGAGAACACAAUAUAUACAGGAAGACCAAAGACGACGCCGAAGUUGAUUAUAAUGUAAUCAAAGUGACGGCUCAUCCGGACUUUGAGCCCCAAACUUAUAAAAAUGAUGUCGCGAUCCUUCAAUUGGCGCAAAAAGUUCGUUUCAAUCGCCGGGUUUGGCCCAUAUGUCUGCCGUACGACACAAAAGUUCUGACAUCAGAAGACAAUAUCGGAAGAAGUGGUCAUAUAAUCGGUUGGGGAAAAGUGGAGUUCAAUGGAAAGGCCAGCGAAGAAUUACGCGAGGCUGACGUUACCAUUAUGUCCAGUAAAGAGUGCGGAAAGGCUUUCGAUAGGAUCGUCACGAUUACCGACGAAUACCUGUGCGCCGGAACUGUUGGCUCCACAAGAGAUAGCUGUCAGGGAGACUCUGGCGGUCCUCUCAUUCAAAUCGAUCCCCAGAAUAGACGCUAUUAUUUGACAGGAAUUGUCUCAUUUGGGAAAAGGUGUGCGACCCCUGGUUUUCCCGGUGUUUACGCCAAAGUCUCUCAUUUCUUGCAUUGGAUCGCAAACAAUAUUUAAUGCCAUUGUUUUUCAAUAUUUUAAUAUUUAUUAUUUAACUUAUUAUUACUCGCGA